AGGAAAACAUAUCAAAGAUGGAGUGAGGGGAAAGUAAUUUGUGGCUACGUGACAGAGGAGAUGUCGACCAAGGAACCCGGGGAACCGAAGCAUUUCUGUAACAAUUCAGUUUGACUGUUUUUCAGAAUUGGCAUUGGCAAUGGAUCCUGCAGCUUUCCCCGAGGAGGUCACAGAACAGAAGAAGGUCCGCAUCGUGGGAUCGGAGCUUGUGGACAACUACACAGUUUACAUAAUUGAGGUGACGGUCGGGGAUCAUCAAUGGACGAUAAAACAUCGCUACAGCGAUUUUCAUGAUCUGCAUGAAAAGCUCACUGCAGAAAAGAAAAUUGACAAAAAUCUGCUACCACCCAAAAAGAUGAUCGGCAAAAACUCCAAAAGCUUGGUUGAAAAAAGACAAAAGGAGCUGGAGGUGUACCUUCAGACUCUCCUUGUCAGGUUCCCUUUGGCUGCUCCCAAAGUCUUGUCCUGUUUUCUGCAUUUCCAUUUAUAUGAAAUUAAUGGCAUCACAGCCGCAUUGGCAGAGGAUCUAUUUCACAAAGGGGAACAGCUGCUGGUUGUUGGGGAGGUCUUCCUGUUGAGGCCCCUGCAGCUCUAUGCCAUAACCCAGCAGCUGAAGUUGGCAAAGCCCACCUGCGCCAACGGUGAUGCCAAGGCAGACCUUGGGCACAUACUGGACUUUACCUGUAGACUGAAAUAUCUCAAGAUUCCCGGCGCGAAAGGUGUAGUGGGCACCAGCAACAUUCAGGAGCACCUUCUUCCAUUUGACCUGUCAGUCUUCAAAUCUCUCCUUCAGAUCGAGAUCAGUCACUGUGAUUCAAAACAAAUUGUAGGGCUUCCCUUUUUAAGACUGACCGUGGCUACGAUGAGCAUUCACUACUCUGCAGUGUCAAUGAAGGAUAUCCUGGUUCCAGAAGCUGCCGAGUUUGCCCAAUGGGAGGCAGAGGGCGUGGCCUCUGACUGCCCAGUCACUGCCAUAAUUCCAACCUGGAAGACACUGACCACCCUGGACAUGAGUCAUAAUCAAAUAAGUUGCAUUGAUGAGUCAGUGAAAUUAAUACCAAAAGUCGAAUUCCUGGACCUAAGCUACAAUGAGCUUUCUCUGGUGGAGAACCUGCAGCACUUGUAUAAUCUUAUUCACCUGGACCUGUCCUACAAUAAACUGACAGUAUUGGAGGGUGUUCACACGAAGCUUGGAAACAUCAAGACUCUGAACUUGGCAGGGAAUCAGCUAGAAAGUCUCUCUGGUCUUAAUAAGCUCUACUCCCUCGUCAACUUGGAUUUGAGCAACAACAAAUUAUCACAGUUUGAAGAAAUUAGAAACAUAGGGACUCUGCCAUGUUUGGAGAAGCUCUCCCUCACCAACAACCCUCUGAGCAUCAUCCCAGAUUACAGGACAAAGGUUCUGGCUCAGUUCUGGGACCGAGCUUCAGAGGUGUGCUUGGACGGCACUGCAACAACCGAAAAGGAGCUAGACACGGUUGAGGUUCUGAAAGCCAUUCAGAAAGCCAAAGAAGCUAAAGACAGAAUGGCAAACAGUGAGAAGAAGAUCUGUGAGGACUCCAGGCUUUCAGCUGGCGGAUCCCACUCGCCCUCCUCCUCUCUUGCUGCUCCGCCCUGCUCUUCCCCUCUGUCCCACACAGCCAGCUCCAGCCAAGAAGUAAUAUGUAAAGAAGAAGCCUUAGUUACCAGUAAAGUAUUGACUCCUGUGGAUUCUGCAAUUACCCAGAGAUGCUACAAUGUACAAAACUCUUCUUGUGAAGAAUCAUUACAGAUUAAAACGCAACCAAUUGCUCCCUGUUUGUCACUCCAGUUCACCAGUGACCAGCAGAUGAGCUGCUGCUGCUGCGCAGAGGACAGGGGCGUGCUGACGGACUGCCGCGUCACCCCGGUGCUUCCCUUCUCUCUGGCGUCCUACACCGCCGCCAACCUGGACUUUACCGCGCAGCUGGCGGCGCGCAUCAGCCGGGCGGUGUGGGAGACGGAGAGGAAGCCCCCCCCGCAGAGGGAGGCGCAGUGCGGGGAGCCCAAGGACCGGGGCAGCCAGAGCUCCGGGGACGGCUAUUUCGAGAUGGGCCUCUGCAAGGGCGAGGAAGGCUCGGUCUGCUCCGCGUCCUCGGACGGCCUGGCGGAGUCGUCCGAGGAGGCGGACGUGGAGAUCAUCCGUGUCGUCAAGGUGAUGUGGGCCCACUGCGUGCAGGUGGGAAAGAGCGUGGCGCAGCUGCCUGCUUGCGUGGUGCUGGCAGAAGGCCUGCUGGUGGUCUACCAGGUCCCGAGAGGAGAGCUGCGGAAAACUGUGAAGGACUUAGUGGAGAGCUUAGAGACUGACUUGUUGGUGCCAUACACAGAAGUAGAAGGUGUCCGGUUUGACGUUCCUGAGAUGUGUCUGUCCCUGAAGGUGAAGUCCAGCGAGGCGCGGUUGUACUUCCUCUCAGACUUCCAAAGCUUAAAAGAGAUGCAUUCCUUUUUUUGCACAUUGGUGAAAGGUUCACCGUCCGAGCUGACUGACAGCGCGGGCACGCCACAGCAGCUCAUCCGACAGCUCCUGAACUCCUGGGAGUUCGAUGAGAACGACUGCGUGGUGAAGGGGGCCUUCUCAGCUCAUCUGCUGGACCCCGCGAUGUUGACCUCAUUAAACCAGCAGGACCCAGUUACCCUCCAGAAGCCGACGGGUUCUCCUCUCUCCGACAUCCUGUCUCACGUGAGCCCUGCGGAGGCGGAGAACGACUCGUCCUGCCUGCCCUGUUUCGCGUUCCUCACCCCCCGGCACCUCUGUGUCCUGAAGGUGGACUUCUGCGCCCUGGCCGGAGACCCCCUGGAGGGGCAGAGGCCGCGCUCCUGCAUGAAGCUGACCCGCAUCCCGCUGGCGGCCCUGCUGCUGCGCCCCAGGCAGGGCUGCGCUGGCGGCAGCUCUCUGCCGGGCCACUGGCUCCGGGACGGCCACGUCCUGGAGCUCAUGGCGGGUCACGAGUUUGUCACGGCCGUCUUUCCUCUGCCCCACGACAAGUUCCUCUUCCUGAGGCUCUUCGGCCAGCUUCGCUCCAGCCUGAAGGACAUUAAAACCGUCGCCUUCCUGCAGACGGCUCCCUGCCAUCGGAAGACAAACACGCACCAGACCCCCUCCAAAAUUAUCCAGAGGGAGCCAUUGAGCAGCGUUCCUCAGGGUGUCCAGAGGCCACAUUUAACCCUAUCCCUGCUGUACCCCUCGGAUCCUCUCGUCCAGAAACUGUCUGAUGAGAACCAGUGUCCAUCUCACCUGUCCAUCUCUCCAUCCCUCCACUUCCUCUCUGAGCUGAGGGGGAAGGAGCUGGUGGAGUUCUUCUACAACAACAUUGCCGAGGUGGAGAAUGAAGAGCUGAAACACAUCCUUUGGUCCUCCGUGCUGUUUUAUAAAUCUCCCGACGUGGAGAUGACAGCCUGCAUCAUGCUCUCCACGAAAGCCCUCUACUUCAUCCUGGACGACACCGCAUCCACGCUCAGCGAUCAAGCAAUGCUGUGGAACUGGAGCCCGUUGAAUCAAGAGGAGACGGACUUCAUCAUUUCGUACUGCUUCGCCAUGAAGCUGAACGACCUGCAGAGUGUGAACGUUGGCCUCUUUGAUCAGUACUUCAGAGUGGUCGGACCCUCAGCAGAUCAUAUCAUCUCCUGUCUGACGAGAGACAGUUAUGGCACACACCAUUUCCUGCAGCAGCUGAUGACUGUGCUGUCCUUACUGGAGAAACUGCCCUCCCCAGAGCCCACUGAGCAGGAUUUCUACACCCAGUUUGGCAACAAGAGCACAGGUAAAAUGGAGAACUAUGAGCUGGUGCACUCCAGCAAGGUGAAGUUUGUGUACCCCAGCGAGGAGGAGAUCGGGGACCUCACGUUCAUCGUGGCCGAGAGGAAGGGGGGCCCCAGUCACUCGCUCUCCUUCAACAUCCUGUUCUACGUCCUGGCGUUCCAGGUGCAGAACGGCCAAGGCCCCAGCGCAGAAAGUCAGCAGCUGCUGCAGCCCAAAACCCUCAUUCUCACCAGCUCGGACAUCUUCCUCCUGGAGGAAGACUACAUCAGCUACCCCCUGCCCACCUUCGCCAAAGAGCCGCCCCAGAGGGACAAGUACCGCCUGACGGAUGCACGGAGGAUCCGCGACCUGGACAGGGUGCUGAUGGGAUACCAGACCUACCCGCAGGCCCUCACCCUGGUGUUCGACGACGUCCCCGGGCCGGACCUGCUGUGUCACCUGACCAUGGACCACUUCGCGGAGAGCCAGGGCGGCGCGGACAGAGCGAGGGGUGGUGGCGGGGGUGUGGACGAGAGCGAGGUGCAGUGGUGUGUCUUUGUCCCCGGGGCGGACAGCAGGGAGAGGCUCAUCUCUCUGCUGGCGCGCCAGUGGGAGAUGCUGUGCAGCAGGGAGUUGCCUGUAGAGCUAACAGGCUGAGGGACACAAAGCAAACAUUACAUUAAAAAUAAAGGGACUGAGCCCCACUAUAUAUCAAGACUGUUUUCCAUUUUUUUUAUGUGAUGUUUCUUCACUGUACAUCCUGGGAAUUUUUACAAAGAGUCCACAAGAGUUUGAUAUUUAUUGUUGUCUUUGGCUUCUUGGAUAGCUUGUCUUUUCUUGCUGCUUCAUACCUAUGUCAUGUAUCGCUGCUGUGUACAAUCUGCAAUAUGUAAAUGAUUCAAGAGAGCAUGUUCUG